CGUUGUCUUUCCUUUCUGGCCUGCGUUCAGCAACAGCUAGCAUUGAUUUGUGCCUCCUCUUUCUUCUCCACCACCACCACCUCCACUCCCCCCAGCCCACCACGGUCUGUCUCUCCUCUCCCCCCAAUUUCUUCUUCCCUUUUCUCCUCCCUUUCUCACGCCUUGACGCCGCCACCAUUGGCAGCUACUGCCGCUUCCUCUCCCUGCCCCGGCGGCCGCUACUAAUUGAAGCGGAGGGAGGCGAAGGAGGAAUAGAAAGGAGGCGGCGGCGGGGAAGGAGGAGAGGGAGGUGAAGAUGUUUGACAGCUUGCUCAACACCAAGUUCUUCAACAAAUGCAAGCACGCGAUCAAAUGCACCCGGACCCGGCUGGAUCUGGUGCGGAAGAAGAAGCAAGCGAUGGUGAAGUUCCUGAAGAAGGACGUCGUCGACCUCCUCACAAAUGGCCUUGAAUCGCACGCUUUCGGACGGAUGGAAGGGCUCAUUGUGGAGAUGAACCAAGCAUCCUGCUACGAUAUGAUCGAGCAGUACUGCGAGUGCAUCGUGAAGCAGCUCAACAAUCUGCAGAAACAGAGUGAAUGCCCUCAUGAAGCUUUGGAAGCCGUGUCAACUCUGAUUUUUGCGGCAGCUAGAUUUCCUGAUUUACCUGAACUAUGUGAGCUCAGACAUAUAUUCACGGAGAAAUAUGGGACCUCCAUUGAACCUUUUGUUAGCUCUGAGUUUGUUCAAAAGCUUCAGGACAAGUCUUUCUCUCACGAUGAGAAAUUGCAAAUGGUGCAAAACAUCGCUGAAGAAUUUGAGCUCCCAUUUAAUACCAAGGCAUUCGAACGGAAGAUAUCUGGUGUACCUCAAAAUAAACAUGAACUUCUGAAGAAGGGUUCAUUUAAUGGCAUAGGGGUUGAAGCAUCAGGGCGUGGACACAAGGUGGAUAGGCCUGCUGGGCUUCAAAGAAAAUCUAAAUCUAUACCUGAAGGGCUUGACUGGAAGCAGGAAGUUCUGGUAAAGCCAAAAGAUAUUCAUGUGAUUCCUGAUUGUAUUGGUCAAGUUGGCGAGAAAAGCAGGAAUAACUAUUCAGAUAAACCUAAUGAGAAGAAGCAUAUGAAUAAUGGCGUGCCUUCUUUGGACAUUAAGCGAAGGAAUGGUCAAAAGGAGGUCAAGAAAGAUGACAAAAAGGGUGGUCAAUCUUGGAGGGAACUAAUGAAUGCCGAGGAGCUGGAUCUCAAUGGCUCAAAGAAACAGGAGACUUCCGUGGCAAAAUCUCUUCAAAGAGAAAUCAAGAAAGUAGUUCCUCCAUACACAGAACUAAAGGAAACUGCAAAGAAAGAUAAUAUUGAAAAGGUUGAUGGAAAUGGCUACCAUGCGCAUAGAUCACACAUGGCUGGUGACACUAAUGAUUAUUGGGGACAUGCUGAUCUGGGGCUUAAAACUCUUGGCCUAGAAAAGCCAGGAACCGACUCAGCUAACACCUUGAAUGGUAAAACAGUGAACAAGCUUCCUCCUCCUCCUUAUUCCAAACCAUACAGGGCAAAGAGUGAGAAGUCUGCAGAAGAAGAUAAUAUUAGUUUGUCUAAUAGAGCACGGCACGUAGGAGAGUCUAGCCCAUCGGUGCAAGAUAGGCAUCAAGUGCCAGAGAAGGUAGUCAACAUGCGGCCUCCUUAUGUUAAGCCAAACUCUAACAUGAAAUCUGCUCAUGAAACUCCUACAUAUCAAGCUGCUAACGGUUACAGGCAUACUGGUUCAGAAGCAACAGGCCAGCAGAGAGAUGGUUUGGUUGAAGAUGAUGCAGUUCGGCCUGUUUCUGUCAGAAGGAAAAGUACAAAGCCACCUGCAUAUGGUUUUCCAUACGAUGAAGCGACUAAUGAGGAAAAGAUGGCAAACCAAACACCUGGUUCCCGAACAAGGCAUUCAAGCAACAGGAAUGGUCCCCGUGAUGACUAUGAGCGGCGAAAACAUGCGAGUAGGCAGAAUGGAUCAGCAAGUGGUAGUGACUACCAGACAGAGGAGGAUGAGAAUGACAAUGCAAUUGAUUUUGGCAAUCUUCUGCCCCGAGCACCUGGUUCACAUCGGAAACACAGGAGCAGGAGUGCCCAUCCCCGGGAAGGAGGCCAUGACAACGAAGAAAGGAUGAUGGAUAAGCUUCUGAGGCACUACAGCAAGAAAGGCAUAGACAGGGAGGAGCACAAGACAAGGACAAAGUCCCGGACCCCUCGACCUCGAGACGAUCAACCUGCUGACAGCAAUGGAGAACGAUCGAACAGAGAAGGGGCACCCAAUCCUCCAGAAAGAGCUAUAUCUCUGCCUACAGAAUCUGGUUCCCCGGUUGCAAAAGCGAAAGCUCCUGCUCCUGCUCGAUCCAUCUCGCAGCCAGACACAUCCAGAGGAAAUGUGCACCCGAGAAUGCCAGAUUUCGAUGAACUGGCUGCGCGGAUCAGCGCUCUGAAGAAAGCAUGAGCUGCCUGCCACCACGAUGUCUCACUCUUCAGGCUUCAGCAUUAUUGUCUUAUGAUGCUGGUCACAUGGAUCAGAGGACUCCUGAGGUAGUUUGAAUGCUUUCUCCAUGCCAUUGUUCUUUGUUGUCUGCUUGCUUGCGUUGCCCCCUUUGUGCCUUGACGGAGCAUUGGUAGGAACGGUUGAGUGGGCAAACUGGUAGGAAUAGCCAUACAAUACAAUAUACUUCCUGUGUUGAUUUGCAUGUGGUUGUUUGAUGUACUCAUGUGCUUAAUUGUUCGGUGUAUAGAUGCCAUUGAUGAGGCUAUAAUGAAGUGACGAUUGUUCCAACUUU